AUGACGCACUUAUUCAAGAGACAACUGAUCAUGCUCACCGUUUCCGAACUCGCUCUAGCAACCAGUUUAGAGGACAUUUGCAAGGAUGUUUAUUGUACAAAGUGUUUCGAGUUGGUUUCAAUAUUCCGCCGUCCAAUUCCCGCCUGCCAAAAACUGCUUUCGCUGAAAAACUGCUGCAGCCUAAUUCUGAACGGAGCCGACGGCUUAGUCACCGUCCGCGCGUCUUCCUGCGUCGAUUUAUCCACCGCCAAGAUCAAAGUUGGCAGCCAGGACGAACUCGGCGCCUCGAGUGGUAUUAGCGAAGACGACCUCUCGAAUGUCAUCUCUCAGAAAAUCGAUCUCUUCAACCCAGACCAAGUGGAAGUCUGCGAGCUCAAACAAACAAUUGAACCUGGAUUACUUCUGCUCCUUUUUGGAGCCUCAAUCAUCGGAAUGAUCACAAUAUACAGUAUUUAUCUAUUGAAAUUUGGAAACUACAAGAAACGAAAGGAUUACGAGCAGCCCUUGCUGAACUCGCCAAAGAAAUAA